CCAAUGAGACAGAGACAAUGUACAGCGAGGAAGUCAGUUUCAUGUGAAAGGAUAUUUAGUUCAAGAACUACUCAGAGAUAAUUGUGUCCUUAGUUACAAUAAAACCUUACUGCAUCUGCAUGACCCCGCGAGACUACCGUCUCUAUUGUUAUCGCGAGGUUUGAUCAGCUGUUAGGUCUGUUUUUAGAGUCUAGUGCUUGGAUGGUCAACACGUGGGGAGGAUAAAGAGAGACAGUGUAGGGGGUACACGCUGGGAUUGAGUCGGGCCCGGAAUACGUACAUUUAUAUCACGAUACUUUAAUUCACCGUGGCGGCGCGGAGGACGCUUGUAUACUGUGUAGUUGCUAGGGUCCUGAGGAGAUGCCACUGAGGUUCCGGUCUAUUGUCCCGUACACGCUGCCUGGAGUGCUGGCGCUGAUAGGCUGGUGGUGGUACAUCUCACGCAAGAAAGAGCGAAUCACCAACCACGACAGCGAAGAGGGGGCAGCGGCCAUGGGCCUGCUGACGUCCCCGGCUCUCAGUGAGGGCAGCAACGGCCUGGUAGAGAAAGGGACAGUGUCCCCCUGCAGUACAGCCACUACCCCCACAACCAGCAGCAGCUGCAGAGAGAGAACAGCCAGCAGCAGAGUCAGACCAUCCAAGCAACGGUCAACGGAACAGGAGGUAGUAGCUCAGAUUCACAUCCCGGCCAUUAAGGCCCAGGCAGUAGAGGUACAGAGUACAUCCUGUUCACCUACAGAGAGGGCCUCCCACCACCCAGACAGAGCCAGCGCAGUCACAGACCCUGGUGUAGAUAGCUGCCGACAGACACCCAGGAGCAGUUCUCCCGCAGCCUCGCCUUUACCAACACAGACCAGGGAGGAGAGCUCGGGCCCCCCGGGAGAACACUGGGCCACUGUGCAGAGCCUGCCAGCCACCAUUGCCUUGGUUACAGUACCGGUGAAAUCAACGGUUACCGAGCAGGUCCCUGCUCCAGUGAAGGAGACCAUCUCCACAGCAUCAGAGGCACUUGUGCUCUCCCAGACGGCCCACACCACGACUAGUUCCUCCAUAGCAGCAGACCUGACGAAUGCAGAGAGGCCCGAUCCAGAGGGAGAGGUGGCAGCAGCCCAUGAGGCAGCAGUGGCCUUCACCCAGAACCUGCUGGUGGAGCUGGUGGCUAUAGAUGCCCUCCUAGUCCCCUCCAGCAGUACCAAAGAUGAGCUGCCCUCCUCGCCUGUCAUCUCAGCUGAGAUGCCGGCCCGGGCCCUGAAAGUAGUCACACAUGAACCCCUCUUCCCAGAGACCCCCACAUCAUCGCAGGGCUCCUACCAUGCCGUCAUGACCAGUACUCUGGCCUCCCCAGCCCAAGGCCCCCAGCAAGAGUACGGUGCACCUGGCAGCACUGAGGAGCUGGAGUACCUGGCAGCAGGUCUGAUCACUGAGGUCAUCUCUGCAGCCACCCAGGAGGUCCUCAGUGUUACCUCCUGUCCAGAGACCUGGCUCGGCCAAUCCGCCACUGAGCACAGCUUCAGAAGCACCCCACUGGCCAAUGGGAGGCCAUGCUCUGAGCAAGAGCCACUCACAAGGAACAUGGAGGAAGGGCCCUCCCCAAUAAGCCACGCUGAGACGGAGUGGAGAGAGCAGCAGAAAGAAGGGAUGACCAAUGGUUGCCCGCCCGCCCCGGCAUGGGAGCCAAUGGGGACAGCGAACGCACUGAUUAAUCCCUGGGCACCAGCAUCCUCACAGGAGGGGAGGCAAGAAGUGAGGGGCGUGCCUAGCAACCUGGACAAUCUGAAGGGAGAUGAAGGGGUGAUGGUGGCAGAGGACUCGGCCUGUAGUACGUGCCACUCUGAGGAUGGGGUCAGCAGUGAGGACCAGCAGAGCAGGGAGAGCCGGGAGGAUCUGAUCCAGGUGUCAGGGAUGUCUGAGAGGGAGGGUGGUCUGCCCCAAGCCCCAGAAGAGGUAGUGACCGAGGCAGAGGUGAUGGCAGCCCUACCAGGCCAUGUGCUGGGGGCUGUUGGCCAAGUGAAGAGGCUCAACGGCAUGGGCCUGAGGAACGGUUCUCAUGGGAUGAGUGAGACUGAGACCGAUCAGUCUGGAGGCUCGGAUGUGAACAGCAUGGACUCGGUAGACAGUGGCUGCACCAUGGGAGCUAGGGACAGUGGCAGCCCUGCCAUGGCUCUGGGCUCUGAACUCAUCGUUUGGGAGAUUGAGGUGCCAAAGCAUCUGGUGGGUCGGUUAAUUGGGAAACAGGGGCGAUACGUGAGCUUCCUGAAGCAAAGCUCUGGUGCGAAGAUCUACAUCUCCACCCUGCCUUACACUCAAGAGUUCCAGAUCUGCCACAUAGAGGGUUCCCAGCAGCAGGUGGACAAAGCCUUGUCCCUGAUUGGGAAGAAGUUUAAGGAUUUGGACCUGACCAACCUCUAUGCCCCCCCAUCUCUGCCGCUCACGCUGCCGUCGCUGCCCUCACUGCCCAUGACCUCCUGGCUCCUGCUCCCCAGUGGUGUGACCGUAGAGGUGAUUGUAGUGAACAUUGUGUCGGCGGGUCACCUCUUCGUCCAGCAGCACACACACCCUACGUACCACGCCCUGCGCAGCCUGGACCAGCAGAUGUUCCUGUGUUACUCCCAGCCAGAGACACCCACCCUGCCCUCACCUGCUGAGGUGGGGGUGAUCUGUGCGGCGCCGGCGGUAGAGGGAGCCUGGUGGAGGGCCCAGGUCAUCUCCUUCUACAAAGACACCAACGAGGUUGAGAUCCGAUAUGUGGACUAUGGCGGCUAUGACAGAGUGAAAAUUGACACACUACGACAAAUUAGGUCGGACUUCGUAACAUUACCAUUCCAAGGUGCAGAAGUAUUACUGGACAACAUCGCCCCCCUUCCAGGAGAGAAUAGCUUUUCAAACGAGGCCACCUCAGCACUGGAGGAGAUGACAAGAGGGGUAGCACUGCUUGCACAGGUCACAAACUACGACAACAACACUGGUCUCCCAUUGGUCCAGAUAUGGAAUAUGGUUGGAGAAGAGCUGCUAUCAGUGAACCGCACACUGGCAGAACGAGCAUUGGGUACCUGGGUUGACAGCUUUUGAACCUUGCUUCCUGACCCCCGACCCCUUCUCAGCUCCACCACACCCCUCCUAGACCCCUUCUUCUCACCUAAUCUCUGGAGUCUGGCCCUACCAGCCCUCCAGAUACACCCCGUAACACUUCGAUGGAGGAACACAACCACUGGAUUUGGGAAUACUUUCUUUGUUUUGUUUUUGUUUGUUGGGUUUUUACACCACGUUUCAAAAAUAAAUUAAAAAUGGUUGAAUGCAGAAAAGACAACGAAGUAUUGCGUCAGAAUAAGCCAACUCCUCUCCUCCCCCACACACCAAAAGAACUUGAAGGAAAAUAAACUACUUGUACAUUUUAAAAAGAAAUCUAUAUUGUAACUAAAUAAAGGUCGAUCUGAUUUUU